GUUUUUAAAAUGACGUGGAACUGACGUCGCCAUGAAUGUAACGGGCGCGUAUUUUCAAAAUGGAGGAAACGCAAACAUUUUGGAGGGGAUUGUAUUCGCAUGAUUUCGGCUUGCUGCACAAUGAGGAUAUCAGCCCAUGACACUUUUCCCAUACAGAUUUAUUUGUAUUCAUUAAUUCUCUGAUGGUCCCAUAGAAAUACACGAAGAUGAGUACCUCCAUUGGCGAUAAAAUAGAGGACUUUAAGGUCCUCACCUUGCUCGGGAAGGGCUCCUUCGCCUGCGUGUACCGAGCCAAGUCCAUCAACACGUCCAUGGAGGUGGCGAUAAAGACGAUUGACAAGAAGGCGAUGCACAAGGCAGGGAUGGUGCAGCGCGUCAUCAACGAGGUGGAGAUCCAGUGCCGGCUGAAGCAUCCCUCCAUCCUGGAGCUGUAUAAUUACUUUGAGGACAGUAAUUAUGUGUACCUGGUGCUGGAGAUGUGUCCUAAUGGUGAGAUGAGCCGUUACCUGAAGGACCGCAAGAAACCCUUCACAGAAAAGGAAGCACGGCACUUCAUGCAGCAGAUCGUGUGUGGGAUGCUGUACCUGCACACCCACGGCAUCCUGCACCGCGACCUGACGCUGUCCAACCUGCUGCUCACCUCCUCCAUGAACCUGAAGAUCGGCGACUUCGGCCUGGCCACGCAGCUGCGGCUGCCCGAGGAGAAGCACUUCACCAUGUGCGGCACGCCCAACUACAUCUCGCCCGAGGUGGCCACGCGCAGCGCCCACGGCCUGGAGUCCGACGUCUGGUCGCUGGGCUGCAUGUUCUACGCCUUCCUGACGGGCCGCCCGCCCUUCGACACCGACACCGUCAAACACACCCUCAGCAAGGUGGUGAUGGGCGACUACGUCAUGCCCGCCCACAUCUCCCCGGAGGCGCAGGACCUGAUUGGCCACCUGCUGCAGAAGAACCCCGCCCUGCGGCCCAGCCUGUCCACCGUGCUGGACCACCCCUUCAUGACGCAGGGGGGCGGCGGGGGGCCCGGCCGGGAGCUGGGGGGGUUGGGGGGGUCGAUGGACAGCGGCAUCGCCACCCUCUCCACCUCCUCACACACCGCCAGCGGCAGCCGUCUGCACCGGAAGGCCAGGCACCUGAUUGGACAGGCUUUGCCCAAUCGCAUGGCUCCAGUGGCCGGGCAGCCACGCCCACCCGCUGACAGGUCCAAUCAGGAGGGACUGUGGCUGCCUCCCGCAGGUGGGCGGAGCUCCAGAGCAGACAGGAGAGGGGCGGGCCCAGAUUACGACCAGCCAACCUCCCGUUACCUGAGGCGGGCACAUUCUUCGGAACGCUCCGCCCACAGACAUACCUAUGGCACGGAGGCGGGGCUAGAGCGCUGUCACUCAGAUGAAGCACUUCCUGGGUCGGGGAACGGUGGUUACCACAAUGCCCACCAUGGUUACAGUGACCAUCGGCGACCGCCUUCACCUCCUGUUAAAGAGUCAGUCAGCUGCUCUGCCUCAGGACAUGGGCUGCACAGGACCGACACACAGCCCUGGUUCCCAGAGGGUUCCUUUAAGAAGUCUGUAGACGGCAGUUCCCAUAGCAGCAGUAGUUUCCAUGGGGGGGGGCCCAGCUCCUGGAGUGAGUCGCCCGCGUUCAGGCCCGCCCCGGCCCCCGCCCCACACACACUCCCGGAGCCCAGAGCCGACCCCCCCGCACCCCACAACCCUGCGCUGGACCCCCCCGCCCCCCGGACGCAGAGAGGAGAGGCCCCCGCCCGCCCCCCCGCUCCAGAAGAGUCUGAAGGGCCAACUGCCCCCCUCAGCACCACUCGUCUCAAGCCCAUCAGACAGAAGACCAAGAACGCUGUGGUGAGCAUCCUGGACUCGGGUGAGGUGUGUAUGGAGCUGCUGAAGAGUCUUGGCCUCCAAGAGCGUGUUAAAGAGAUCCUGCGUAUCUCUUGUGACGGUUCCAUGGUCACCAUCCACCAGCCUAAUGAUGGGCGGGGCUUCCCUGUGCUGGACAAGCCACCCACCCCCUCUGAAGACAUUCUCAUCUGCAGCCUAGAAGACCUACCAGAGAAGUACUGGAAGAAGUACCUGUACGCCACUAAGUUUGUGCAGCUGGUGAAGUCCAAGACCCCCAAGGUCACUCUGUACACCAGCUACGGGAAGUGCAUGCUGAUGGAGAACGCACCCAGCGCUGACCUGGAGGUCUGUUUCUACGAUGGGGCUAAGACACACAGGACAGCUGAACUGCAGCGGGUGGUGGAGAAAGGCGGCAAAUCGUAUACGGUGAAGGGAGAGGCGGGGCUUAAUGGCCUCAGCCCUGAGAGCAGACGCUACGUGGAGCUGGCAGAGGAGGGUCAUAGGAUGUGUCUCUCACUGGAGGCUGCCAUCAGUGAUGAGGAGCAGCGCAGCGCCAAAAACACUCCGUUCUUCCCCAUCACCAUCGGCAGGAAACCCAACUCGUCUCAGCCGGCUCCUGCUGAAGUAGCUCAGGUGUGCGUGAGCCCGCCCCAGCCCCCCCACAUCACACCGUCUAUGAUCUCGUAUGGUGGGUCGGACCUGACUGCAGUGAGUGUGGGAAAGAGCGCCGCCCUGCAGGCCAGCCGCGAGGAGCGCAGCAGUGCAGGCAAAGUCCUCAAGUCUGUGUUUGUACCAAACAUCGGCUGGGCCUCACAGCUGACCAGUGGUGAAGUGUGGGUCCAGUUCAAUGAUGGAUCUCAGCUGGUGGUUCAGGCUGGAGUCUCCUGCAUCACCUUCACAUCACCAAAGGGGUGCACCACCAGGUAUCAGGAGAAUGAGAAGUUGCCGGAGGUGGUGAAGGAGAAGCUUCAGUGUCUCUCCUCCAUCCUGGGCCUCUUGGCCGGCCCUGCAUCCCGACGCUAAACCUCAUCACAUCCUCUCAUCUCGUCUCCAUGCCAACCCUGCAUCCCAUCCUCUCAUCUCCAUGCCAACCCUGCAUCCCGACGCUAAACCUCAUCACAUCCUCUCAUCUCCAUGGCAACCCUGCAUCCCGACGCUAAACGCCAUCACAUCCUCUCAUCUCCAUGCCAACCCUGCAUCCCGACGCUAAACGUCAUCACAUCCUCUGAUCUCCAUGCCAACCCUGCAUCCCGACGCUAAACGUCAUCACAUCCUCUCAUCUCCAUGCCAACCCUGCGUCCGUCUCCUCUCCCAUCCCAUGUCUUGGACCCUGAGCAGGGGCUUGGGUUGGGGUUGGUCUGUCUCCGUUAGCCACUGCUGAGGUGUCACCGCAUCAUCCCAGAGACCUCUGACCACUGCUGGCCUGACUCCUCCUCCAGCCCCAUGACCCCUCCCCCUCUCUUGAUGGACCCCGCCCCCCUAAGCACUUCCUCUCUCCCGGUGUCCUGUACUUUCCUAUGAAGUUUGUGUACCUGUAAAUAUUUUUAAAAACACAUUUGUACAGAUAUGGUUGAGAUUAUGAAAAGAGUAUAUAUAUUUUUAAGCGCUUGUGUUGUACAGUAUUCCUCUCCUGUCGUUGUUGUGUUACUGGAUGGUUUGUAGCGGGUCCUUGUAGCCAGCAGGGUUCAAACGCAGAUGGAUGAAAAUGCAUUAAACAUCCGCUUCUUGCAUCAA